AUGUCGUGGCAGGCGUACGUUGAAGACAGCCUUAUCGGUAGCGGCUACAUGCACAGCGCUGCUAUUAUCGGAGCCGCUGACGGCAGCUACUGGGCAUACGGCGGCAGCUACGUUCCGCAGCCGGAAGAGGUGCAGCACAUCCAGAAGUGCUUGUCCGACUUCUCGCUCGUGCAGUCCUCUGGUGUGAACAUUUACGGUGUCAAGUUCUUCGGCCUCCAAUGCGGCACCGACGGCGACUGCAAGUACAUCUUCUUCAAGAAGGGUGCAGCCGGUGGGUGCAUUUACACCACGAAGCAGGCAUUCAUCGUUGCGGUGUAUGGGAACCCCGGUGACACCUCCUCGCUUCAGCAGGAUCUUGAGAAGAACACGGCCCACACAGUCACCGUGAACCCUGCGGACUGCAACACUACAGUGAAGCGCAUAGCGGAUUACCUCAUCAAGCUCGGCUACUAA